AUGGGUGGGUGGGCAACGCCGAAUGAGGUCGAUACGAACAUCCUGAAAGAGGAGCUCGAGAUUGCGGUUGCUCUCUGUGACUGCGACUUGCAAGACGCAGGCUUAUCCAUUUUGCCAGUUGGAUUAAGCUCAGAGUUGAAAGAGCAUGUACCGGAAUGGGCGAGAAGACAGGGUUCCACUUUUACGAGUACUUCCGGAGCUAGUGGAACUUCAACGAAAAAUAAGUAUGAAAUCGCAAUAGCAACGAGUGGAGAAGGCGCAAGCAGGACUGUCAAUUCAACUCCUGCGGAUAUGAAGAACAACACAAAUAACUACAGGGACGAUACUCAUCAUCCCGCGGAGACCACCAAGAACAACUCAGGAGGCGUCACAGCUUUGGAGUUACUCGCUUUGAUAGUUUCGAAGACGAUUGGAGACCCACUGCCUGGACAUCGGCGUGCCUGGAUGCUUGUGGGAAUCGUGUUGCCGUUCUUUUAAGAUCGAAGUGUUGACAGUACAAAUAACUCUAAAUAAUCUAAAGCCACUUGUUGUGGUGUAAAAAAAUGUCAUCAUCAUGUUCUUCGAAACAAACGUGAACGUCCAGGUAUUGUGUUACGAACCUGUAAUAUCCUCUACUUCCUCGUCAUGGUCAUGUAUUCGUAGUCUAAUUCUUGCCACCCGUAGUCUAAUUCUUGCCACCCGUAGUCCGUUCUCUAGGUCCAGGGUCUCUUCCAGCCUUCGGCGACACAACAGCUGCCAAGAUAGCUGUGACUGGCUGCAUCUUCGCUCCCGGAAUGUAUGUGGCUUUGAUGGCAGGGUACUCACAAGUCGCGCUAUGGACCUAUCACCGACGGGCGCAGGCGUUAAAUGUCUUAGACACCUUGUGCUCUGAGGGAUUACGAGUAAAAGACUUGGUGGGGCCACGAGUUACGAAUUCUGAGGACAAGAGUGAGCAAAACACCACGUCAGCAUCUUCUACUUUGCAAGGAGAACCAAAUACAAAUAGUGGAGGUGGGCUCAUGCGUCUCGAUUUGUCCGAUUCUAGCACUAUCGUGUCCUUAUUGCUCUUACGACGAUGCCUUCGAAAGGUCGGAGCGCGCUACAACCGCAGAAUGGAUGGCUUUUCAUUGGCAUUUUUCGCCACCGGUGUGAUUUUUGUAGGGGCGUUGUGUAUGUUUUACCUGGCGGCGUCUCCGGUUGCAAGGGGCGGAUCGGAU